ACUCGCCUUUUAAUUCACAUACAUUCCGUUUCAGACGCUAACAAGCAGCGAUAGACACCACCAGAGUCGAAGGUCUCUAAUAAUUACUAUGUUGGAAUACUUGAAAACUGGAACUUGGGAGGACUGGACAUUAUAUCGAAGGGAAAUUGUAUAGGGUACAAAUACGCUAUAGGACUACAUCUUUCUUAAGCAGUUAUUCCUCUUAUUUUUUAUUUGCAUUAAUUUGUUUUAAUUUGUGGCGCUGAUUUCAAAUUAAGACUGAUGUGUUAAUGUUGUGUAUGUUGUGUAUUGUAGUCUAUAGCGACGCAUCUAAGGCGCACCUGCGCCUCGAUCUUGACCAAACAAUUUAUUUUAGCUGACUAACAAAAAGUAUCACACAAGUAUGCUACCAUAUGUCGCCGUACAAUGACAAUUGUCAACUAUAUUGGAAAGAGACUACUGGGUGGCUACAGCUAUAGAGUGGUGUGUUGUUUUGAAACCAUCCUUUCUCAAAUUCGUCAUUGUCCAUGGAUAGAUAGCCUACUGUUUUAUCCAGAAACUCCACAAUCACAGUAAUUAAAGGAAAUACUAGCCUAGGUGUAAAUACAAAAAGUGAGAUCAGGCUGCAUAUUUUUUUUGUCCAUUCGGAUGGUGUACUGUCUUCCACGGGAGUCUGUUACAAGUUGUUACAUUGGCAGCAGCUGUCAAACCCGUAGGAACCUGCCCUUUCAGCAACAACAGGCUCCGUUAAGGUAGGUAGGCCUAUUGCGCAUGACAGUGUGCUGGACAGCUCCAGAGAGGGAAAUUUAAAAACGGUUUUUCGGAAACAAGUGCAAGCACAGUGAAAACACAGUAGACUACACGGACUCGUCAACAACUAACAUUUUCUGCAGAUUAUCCUGAACAGCAUUAUCAAAUAUCCCAGGAAAUGAUAGAAAGUGGAAUUGCAUCCAGGAUGUCAGGAGUUCUAGAAAAUUCAGGUCAUCAUCCCUCUCCACAAGAUUACAGACUUCUGACCACAGACCCCUCCCAGCUUCAAGAGGAUCUCCCUGGGGAACUGCAGUCUCUGUCAUGGCUCACAUCUGUAGAUGUUCCUCGGCUGCAGCAGAUGGCCGAUGGUCGCGGUGGUGGCGGAGGAGACUUCAACGGGCCUUCCCAGGGGCAGGGGGGCAGCCUGCUUGAGCAGCAGACAGCUCAGCUGAACAACAUGACCAUGGCAGGGGGACAGGGAUCCAUGAUCCACCUACAGAGCAACAUGCAGCACAGCCCCCUGGGAAUUAACGUCAUCACUCCCCACAGCGGAAAUAUGUCUCCAUUCUCCAUGAAUGGGCAGCCCUCACCAGGGUACCAGUGCCCUGCCUCUGCCUACCAACCUACAGCCCAACAAGUUUUCACUCUGACCCAGGCUAGCCAGCAGUGUUCUCCUGCUGGGUUCUAUAGCAAUGUCUCCUUCAACAACCAAAACCUGUUCACCCAGCCGCGCCUGGCUCCACAAAACCAGGACCUACAGCCCAAGUCUUUCCCCAAGCCCAUCUACUCCUACAGCUGUUUGAUUGCUAUGGCUCUGAAGAACAGCAAGACGGGCAGUCUCCCCGUCAGCGAGAUCUACAGCUUUAUGAAGGAGCAUUUCCCCUACUUUAAGACAGCACCAGACGGAUGGAAGAACUCAGUCCGACACAACCUGUCCCUAAACAAGUGCUUUGAGAAGGUGGAGAACAAGAUGAGCGGCUCCUCGCGUAAGGGUUGCCUCUGGGCCCUGAACCCGGCCAAGAUCGACAAGAUGGAAGAGGAGAUGCAGAAGUGGAAGCGCAAGGACCUGCCAGCCAUCCGUCGCAGCAUGGCCAACCCAGAUGAGUUGGACAAGCUGAUCACGGACCGGCCAGAGAGCUGCAGACGAAAGCCCAUGGACCCCGGGAUGACCCGUCUCCCCAGCUGUUCGUCCGGCCUAACCCUGCCUGUCCCAGGCCAGAUGCAGGCCCAGCCCGUGGUCACCCUGUCCCUGCAGUGCCUGCCCAUGCACCACCAGCUUCAUGCCCAGCUCCAGGCCAAUGCCCAGGCCAGGCUGGCCUCGGUAUCCCCCACCCAGACACCCCCCCUCCACACCGUUCCUGACCUCUCCCACAGCCCUCUUGCCACCGAGCAUCCCGGCAAGCAGCCUCAUGACUUCUACAGUCUCCACGGUGACGUCAACGCAGAGGUGGACGCACUGGACCCCAGCAUCAUGGACUUCGCUCUACAAGGUAACCUGUGGGAGGAGAUGAAAGACGACAGCUUUAACCUGGAAGCGUUGGGCACCUUCAGUAACUCUCCCCUGCGUUUGUCUGACUGUGACCUGGGCGCCAUGACCGGCAGCCUCCCUCCUGUCUCCAGUGGAGGCAGCAUGCCCUUCUCAGACCUGCAGGCGACGGGCCUGUUCACCUCAUACGCCACCCUGGACGCCCUCUCCUCCCAGUACAUGGGCACGCCAGGCAACAGCAAGCCCAUCACCGCCCUGCUUUAAUGAAAACAUCCCCACCACAGAGUGGAAGUCAAAGACAAGAGCUGUAGUGAUGCAUCACCAACAGAAUCAAAAUACCUUCUUUUGUUUUGCACAGAGGCUCUACUUGUCAAUCCCACUACUGGCACCAAAACCCCCCCCACAUCUUCUUUGACUGAAAAGCGUGAACCCUCAUUGGUUUUCUCUGUCCACAAUGACAGUGCAACUUGUGUUGCCGUCCCCAAGCCACUACUUCAGAUGGGAGAAAGAGGUCCGUUUGGAGACUGAUUUGAUCAAAAUAAUUUAAAAACCACAGACAUACAGGGUCUUCGGAAAGUAUUCAGACCCCUUGACUUUUUCCACAAUUUGUUACGUUACAGCCUUAUUCUUAAAUUGAUUAAAUCAGUCUACGUACAAUACCCCAUAAUGACAAAACAAAAACAGGUUUUGGGAAAAUUUUGCUAAUUAAAAUAAUAAAUAAAUGGAAAUAUCACAUUUACAUAAGUACUCAGACCUUUUACUCAGGACUUUGUUGAAGCACCUUUGGCAGCGAUGACAGCCUCGAUUCUUCUUGGGUAUGACGCUACAAGCUUGGCACACCUGUAUUUGGGGAGUUUCUUCCAUUCUUCUCUGCAGAACCUCUCAAGCUCUGUCAGGUUGGAUAGGGAGCAUCGCUGCAGAGCUCUUUUCAGGUCUCUCCAGAGAGGUUAGAUCGGGUUCAAGUCCAGGCUCUGGCUGGGCCACUCAAGGACAUUCAGAGACUUUGUCAUGUUGCAAGGUAAACCUUCACCCCAGUCUGAGGUCCUGAGCGCUCUGGAGCAGGUUUUCAUCAUGGAUUUCUCUGUACUUUGCUCCGUUCAUAUUUCCCUAGAUCCUGACAAGUCUCCCAGUCCCUGCCGCUGAAAAAUAUCCCCACAGCAUGAUUCUGCCACCACCAUGCUUCACCGUAGGGACGGUGCCAGGUUUCCUCCAGAUGUGACGCUUGGCAUUCAGGCCAAUCUUGGUUUCAUCAGACCAGACAAUCUUGUUGAGAGGCUUUAGGUGCCUUUUUGGUAAACUCCAAGCGGGCUGUUAUGUGCCAUUUCACUGAGAAGUGGCUUCCGUCUGGCCACUCUACCAUAAAGGCCUGAUUGGUGGAGUCCUGCAGAGAUGGUUGUCCUUCUGGAAGGUUCUCCCCAUCUCCACAGAGGAACUCUAGAGCUGUCAGAGUAACUAUUGGGUUCUUGGUCACCUCCCUGACCAAGGCCCUUCUCCCCCGAUUGCUCAGUUUAGGCGGGCGGCCAGCUCUAGGAAUAAUCUUGGUGGUUCCAAACUUCUUCCAUUUAAGAAUGAUGGAGGCCACUGUGUUCUUGGGGAUCUUCAAUGCUGCAUGUUCUGGUACCCUUCUCCAGUUCUGUGCCUCGACACUAUCCUGUCUCGGAGCUCUACGGACAAUUCCUUCGACCUCAUGGCUUGUUUUUGGCUCUGACAUGCACUGUCAACAGUGGGACCUUAUAUAGACAGGUGUGUGCCUUUCCAUAUCAUGUCCAAUCAAUUGAAUUUACCACAGGUGGAAUCUCAAGGAUGAUUCAUGGAAACAGGAUGCACCUGAGCUCAAUUUCAAGUCUCAUAUCAAAAGGUUUUAAUACUUAUGUAAAUAAGGUAUUUCUGUUUUUGUUUUUCUAUACAUUUGCAAAAAAAAUCUGUUUUCGCUUUGUCAUUAUGGGGUAUUGAGUGUAGAUUGGUGAAAAAAUAUAUAUAUUUAAUACAUUUUAGAAUUAGGCUAUAACGUAACAAAAUGUAGAAAAAGUCAAGGGGUUGGAAUACUUUCCGAAGGUACUGUGUACUGUAAGCAAGAGGAGUAACCAAUGGCGGCUAAGAGGGAAACUCAAAUUAGGAGAAAAUUGACAAAAAUAUACGGACAUCUCUGGUGGAGCUUUGCCAAGCAAAGACUCAAGAAGCUGUGCUACCCUGUAGUACACCAACUACUAACUUACCAUCUGCUAGUACCAUUGGCAUUCCUGUGUUUGUAAGCCUUACCAUGAUACUGUUAAGUUCCCUGUUCUUUAUCUGUUGUCUGUAUCAUCUUAGGAAGUAUUACUGUGAUGUUUUAUUUAUAUUGGAGAAAGGGAGGAAUUUAUCAAACACGGUUUACUGUAUAUAUUUGUAUGUUUCAAAUCCCUUCUAUCUCCACAGAAAAGCUUUUGUUUCUUAAACAGUAUUUACCCAUACAUUCCAAAACAGGUUAGCAUUGGAAAAUAUGCUAAAAUUAGUCAAAUUCUGAAUUCAUCAUUGAAGUGAUUUUUUAUGACUGUCAGGCUACAUGUACUUUAAAAUGACAGAAAAACAAUAAAAUCACAAUGGGUAAAUCA